GGUGGAGGCUCAGAUGUUGAGCGGGCCAAGAAGAAGCGCCGUGGGGACCGUUAUUCCGUUCAGACUUCGCUGAUUGUAGCGGCCCUGAAGAAACUGCUCCCCAUCGGCCUCAACAUGUGCUCCCCUGCAGACCAAGAGCUCAUAAACAUGGCCAAGAUCCGCUACUCUCUGGUAUUUAGUCACAUGUUUAGCCAUAUAGUUGAGGACCCAUCUAUGCGCUGGCAGAUGGCUCUGUAUAAGGAGACCUCAGGUAAAGCUGAAGACGCUGAUGUACCGGAGAAGGUUGUGAAGAGAGUUCAGGAAGUUUCGGCUGUUCUCUACCACAUUGAGUUGACUGAGCGUCCAUUCAAAUCCAAGAAGAUGGUUUGGCACAAGCUUCUGUCCAAACAGCGUCGCAGGGCAGUAGUGGCCUGCUUCAGAAUGACACCGCUGUACAACAUCCCCAGGCACCGGGCAUCUAACAUGUUCCUUAAUGGUUACAAGCGCAACUGGAUUGAAAAUGAGGGCUACUCUUUUGAAGACAAGAUGAUUGAUGACUUAUCUAAAGCAAUGGAGCAGGAAGAAGAAGAAGAUGAAGAAACCGAAUCAAAACCAGACCCCCUUCAUCAGCUCAUCCUUCACUUUAGCCGCACAGCUCUCACCGAGAAAACUAAACUUGAAGUGGAUCAUCUAUAUAUGUCAUACGCUGAUAUAAUGGCAAAAAGCUGCCACAUUGGUGAGGAGGACGAAGUGGGAGAGGAGGGGGGCGAGGAGCCAUCCUUUGAGGUGCGACAGACAGAGAUGGUAUGGGGGGGCCUGGGGCUGGGGCCAUGGGAGUCAGCGGAGCCAGCAGCUACAGCUACAGCUCCUGCCACGCACUGAGUGAACACGUCCAGAACCACUGCACCCCGCACACUUGAUGUCUCUCACUGUGCCUCUCAUCCUUUCAGCUCUCCUCUGUCUCUCUUUCUCUUUUCUCUUUAUACCUGUUGUGGACUGAUCUGUGCACUCCUUUGCUGGAUUCUGAGUCUUUGUCUGUUUAACAGUUUAUCUUUGUGUUUAUUGCAUGACUUGAGCGAGUGCAGAGAGACGGCUGCACACAAAACAGAUG